GGCUUUUAUUACAUUGUAUAAAGACAGACAGUGAAACUGAAAAAACCAUAGUAUUACAAAGAGAGAAAUCUUUGAGUGGGAAAAAAUUGUUUCAAUGGCUUCGAAGUUGUUAAUGAUCACUGUCUUUGUUUUGGAUGUAAUUGCUUUUGCUUUGGCUAUUGCUGCUGAACAGAGAAGGAGCACUGCCACAAUAAAAACAGAUAGCGAGCAGGUGUAUGAUUAUUGUGUUUAUGACUCUGACAUCUCAACUGGACUGGGUGUUGGUGCCUUCUUAUUUCUCAUGGUCAGUCAAAUCAUUAUAAUGGUGGCUAGUCGUUGCUUUUGUUGUGGAAAGGCUUUGAGUCCCGGUGGUUCAAGGGGUUGUGCUGUUCUUUUCUUCAUCAUGUGCUGGGUUACAUUUUUCAUUGCUGAGGUGUGCUUGCUGGCUGGUUCUGUUAGGAACGCGUACCACACCAAGUAUAGAUCAUCAUCGCUCUUUUUCAACGAUAAGCCUCUAUCUUGUGAGACCGUGAGAAAAGGAGUUUUUGCAGCUGGAGCCGCUUUCAUUUUCUUCACCAGCAUAAUCUCAAAGUUUUAUUAUGUGUUUUACUCUAAGGCUAACGGUGGCCCCAGCCUAUAUGGUGGAGAAGCCGGUGUGGGGAUGGCA